AUGCUGCGAUCUGCGAUUGUAGUUGGCUCACCAAAGGUACUGCAGGCCGUGGUUGCUGGCCUAGGUGACUGGUAUACUUGGCAACUCGCUGUCAACAUCUUUGGCCCAGACAGCAACGCUUCCUUCUUUGCACUCUUUCUCCAGCUUUUCAGUGCCUGGCAGUGGUACUGCUCUACCCGCACCUUUUCCAAUUCUUUGGAAACAACCCUUACUGUUAUGGCCCUAUAUUACUGGCCGUGGCGAAUAUUUAGUGCGGCCGUCUCGACAAAAGAGAACCCUAAGCCAGCCGACACUCUUGGAAACAUAUGGGGUCUUCGAUUAUCCCUCUGUUUAGCUGCGUUUGCCGUGGUGCUCCGGCCUACAAAUAUUCUCAUUUGGGCCACCCUUUCACUCAUGGCCUUGACCAGAGCGUCUCUGAGGGGCCCAUCUCCCUUGACCUGGUCCAUGAUCCUGGUUCUUGCUAGGGAGGCUUUCCUGUGCGGUUCAUUGAUACUCGGCAUAUCUGUCGCGUCUGACUACUUCUACUUUGGGUUCUGGACCUUUCCCCCUUACAACUGGCUCAACUUCAACAUUUCGAAAUCGCUAGCUGUCUUCUACGGUCGAAACCCCUGGCACUACUAUCUGUCUCAGGGCAUCCCCCUCCUCUGUACUACCAGCUUACCAUUCGUCCUCUGGGGCCUAUACAAACCAGGCUCUUUAUCAACAAACGAGAGAAACACUCUGCGUGUCUUGUCCUCUACGGUCUUCACGACAGUCGCUGCCCUAUCCCUCAUCUCACAUAAAGAAGUCCGCUUCAUCUACCCUCUCCUCCCCAUACUGAAUAUCGUGGCCGCUCCAUGGGCCGCCUCCUUCUUCACCUCGCCGCCAUCGUCCAAAGCAGUCACUUGCCGUCCCCGUCUUCGCAACAAGCCCUAUCUUAUAGCUGCUCUCGGUGUCAAUCUCAUUCUUGCCGGCUACCUAUCCUUCCUUCACCAACCAGCCCCGCUAAACGUCCUAUCGUACCUCCGGAAAGAAUACGAACGCGUCCACCCGACAUCUGUUCGACUCGCCCACAAAACCCACCAACCUCCGACGCCUCGCGAUGAACUAUUCGCCUUGUUUCUCAUGCCAUGUCAUUCUACGCCGUGGCGAUCCCACCUAUAUUACCCUGGCUUGGAUGCGUACGCGCUGACUUGUGAGCCGCCGCUGGAUACUCAGCCCAAUACACCUGCGAGGGACAACUACCGCGAUGAGGCAGAUAGAUUCUAUGAUGACCCUAUAGGCUUUCUAACUAGUGAGCUGUUUGGACCACAGCGUAAAAUUGACAUCCCUCGCUAUAUUGUCGGGUUCGAGGGAAUCGAACCUUGGUUGCUUACGUUUCUAGACACUCCAGCCGGCAAGGCACUUGGUAUCAAGCCUCGCCGUGUCUGGGGUGGAUUUAACGGUUUCUUUAACGAAGACUGGCGAAGGUCGGGCCGGAUGCUAGUUUGGGAUACCGGCGUAUAUCUUGAUGCUCCACCUGACAAACAUCAGUCUUAA